AUGCUGCUCCCUGUGGCCCCAGAGAGAGCCCGAUUCGUUUGUGCCAUCCCCGACGACACCCCUGCAAACAGCUGCUCCGAGGGUCCCACUGCAACAGGAGCCUGGCGCCAUCGCCACGCGGCCUCCUGGGUCAGCAGGGACCCUGAGAUGAUCGCCAGACGGCCCACGUCGGGGCAGGCAGAUGUGGGGGCCAGUGAACGACACGUGGCAACACCACCAUCCCGGGAGACACAUGGCGCAGAAGUGGCUGAUGUCAGCUCCGGCUGA